GAAGCCAUCAGUCAAUCACAUGGUUUGCAUACAGUUUGUAGUGUUUUUGAUGAGAAAGAGAGAGAGAGAGACAUGACUUCAAGCAAAGGUCGACAACAAUUACCACCACUUAAAGUCCUAUGUCUUCAUGGAUAUCGACAGACAAGCGUUGCAUUCAAAUCAAAAAGCGGAGGAUUUCGUAAACUCUUGAAAAACAAAUUGGACUUUGUUUUCAUCGAUGGCCCACAUUUGGUGCCGACGGGUCCGCAAAAUCCUGACGGAACAGAUGACUCCAGAAGCUGGUGGUUCUCUGAUGUCGAUCCCGAUUACUUUAGUUCAGCACAAGAGUCGGAUAUAUGUAAAGGAUUUGAUCAGUCAGUAGAUCUAAUUAGGCAUACAUUUGAAACACAGGGACCAUUCGAUGGUAUCUUAGGUUUUAGUCAGGGAUCAGCUUUGGUGGCAUUGAUUUGUUGUCUUAAACAACUUAAAGAAUUCAAUUACGACCUCAAGUUUGUCGUAUUGGUCGCUGGCUUUCAAAGUCUAUCUGCAUCUCAUUUGAAACUCUUUGACCGACUCGACAGUCAACUUAUCGAUAUUCCAUCGCUUCAUAUAAUCGGCGAAUCAGAUCAGGUGAUUGCCAAAGAAAAAAGCGUCAAAUUGUCAAACAUUUUCAAGAAUCCAUACAUUGUCUAUCAUUCCGGCGGACAUUUAGUACCGUCUAAUUCAUCCAAUAGACAAAAAGAUGACCAAACGAUUGAUUACAUCAUUUGUGAGUACAAUGACUGCAAUAUAUUUUUGAACCUCAAGUCACGUGUCAUUUGUGUUGUGAUGUAA